AUGUUGUUCUUCUCGUACUUCAAGGAUUUGGUGGGGAGGGAAGUUACUGUGGAAUUGAAGAACGAUUUGGCGAUUAGGGGAACCCUUCAUUCGGUUGAUCAGUAUCUCAACAUUAAGUUGGAGAAUACGAGGGUUGUUGAUCAAGACAAGUACCCCCACAUGCUUUCAGUGCGCAACUGCUUCAUAAGAGGAUCGGUUGUCAGGUAUGUCCAACUGCCCCCCGAGGGAGUUGAUGUCGAGCUGCUUCACGACGCCACUAGAAGAGAAGCUCGUGGGGGCUAA